GUUGGCUCGUUUUCUGAUGAGCACGUGCGAAACUUCCAAAUGUUUGUUUGUUUUGUUUUUCAGCAAAGUGUUUCUCUUCUGAUCUCCCGUUCAUCUAGAUUCCCUGCAAAAGGCCUUUUUUUGAAGAGCUUUCAGCCAGGCAAGCGUGUUGAGUGCUGGGCAAGCAAGAGAGGUAAUUGUUUGGAUGCAGCAUAGUCCCAACCAUGAGCAUUUUCAAUAUGCUUCUGAGAAAUGUUGUCAAAAGUUCUGUCUUCCCAUUUGCCAUGAAGGAGAGAAGAAAGAAUGGCUUGUUUUUAACAUGUUUCUAUAAACCAUUUCUACAUAGAACUCUGAAUUUGUCACCUUACUUGAAGGACGUUGAACCUAACCCCCCUCAGAAACUAGAUUUGGAUGAAUGGAAAAAUAUUAUGCGAGCAGAACAGCAAAAGGAAAUCUGUGAGCCUACAUCCAAAUGUGAGGAGGAUUCCGCUUUAACUGCCAUGCGGGAGUUUGUGGAGAUGCGGAGGCUAGCUGGCAAACUUAUUCCCAAAAAUAUAACUGAAGAAGAGUUAAAGACCCUUAUGGAACUUACCACAAAGUCAUCAAAACUUAAAUAUUUGAAAUUCUUAGCUAUCAGAGAGAGAAAAAGAAAUGCCAGGAACACAAAGAAGGAAGAGAGACGGGAACAAAGGAAGGAACUGCUGGGAGAGGUUGAGAACAGGGAUGCUGAUGACCUACGGAAUAGUUUCUUGGUCGGGUUCCGCGCCAAGUCUCUGGACAACUUGCAUAAUUGGAGGGCUGCAUACGCUAUGAUCUUCGGCCAACCUCUGGUAUUCGAUAUGGUUUUUGAAAACUGCAUGUCAGUCAUAGAACUGCAGAACGCAGUGAAACAGAUUAUGGAAAGUGAAGGGUAUAAUCGAAAAUCUGUAGAUCCGUUCCACUUACACUUCUGUAACCUCAGUGUAGAUGGGUUAUAUAUGAAGGAGUUUCGCAGGUCCUAUGGAAAGACAUGGGACAAUUUACUUGUGACAGAGACAGAACACUGUUACACAAAGCUCUUUCCAAGAGACAGGCUCAUCUAUUUAACACCUGAGUCCCGUAACAUAAUGAAGACAUUUGAACACAAUAAAGUUUACAUAAUUGGGUCACUGGUGGACAAGGGUGGACAGAAGGGAGCUAGCUUGGCUGAAGCAAAGCGGCUGAAUCUGGCAACUGCUAGGCUGCCCCUGGAUCUGUACUUGCGGUGGAAUAUAGGUGGAAAAAAUCUGACGCUGGACCAGAUGAUUCGCAUUUUAAUAACUUUAAAAGACACCGGUGAUUGGAAGAAAGCUCUGCAGUUUGUUCCGAGAAGGAAACAUGGUGGUUUUUGUGGGAACUAGAACUGUCAGUACCUAAAAACUUUUAAAAAAACAGCUGCCUGAAAUGAGAUGCUGUGUAUAACCUGGCUAUUUCAGCUAUUUACCCAGAAGCUUAUUAAUCAUCUUGUUCAAACAUCUCUAGGAGGAUAGUCUUUGAUUACCAAAUAAAAAUUUUACU